AUGAGUCACAAGCCGGGGCCUCUUGUAGGAGCCAUUAUAUCACCAGUCUGUCGACCACGAUGGAGGAGUGCAGCAUCUCGACUUUUCCCCAGCGGCCAUAAGCGCUGCCUUCAGACAACACAACAGUGGCGGACUGAUGGCGUCUUCAGAGGUCUCACAGAUGAUCGACUGCCUAUGCCAUGGAUCGAGGCCUUCAGGCUCCAGAAGGCUGGAAAGGGUGUAGCUACUGCGUCUGAGGCGCAGCCCCAGGAGCGCGACCUCAGCCCGCGGAGGAUGAAGGACAGUUAUCACAGGGUCGUCCUACCGCUUGGCCAGGAUCCAUGGCUCUCGGACCAGUAUCUCAACAGCUCGGGACAUAUCAGGCUGGGAACAAUCUUUAUGGAUUUGGAUGCUCUCUCAGGGAUCGUGGUAUACAAACACACAGGCCCUGGCGUGACUGUGGUGACUGCUGCUCUUGACCGCAUCACGAUAGCACACCCCCUGACCGAGAUCACGGACCUGGAGUACAGCGGGCAGGUCACGUACGCCACCGGGAGGAGCAGCCUCGAGAUCACCUGCAGGGUUGCACGUGCAAGGCCUGAGGGGGAGCCCAGCAGGCCAGAGGACGUUCUCCUUACCUGCACCUUCACAAUGGUCGCCCUGGACCCUGAGACUAAGAAGCCCGUCAACGUGCCACGCCUCAUCUGCGAGACUGACGACGAGGAGAAGAUCUUUAGGGCUGGCGAGGCAAAGUCCCUGGCCAAGAGGGAGGUGUCAAAGAUGUCCCUGCUGGCCACUGAACCCAACGAUCCCGAAUCGGCCCUGAUCCACCAGAUCUGGCUCAAGCAGAUCCAGUGGCAUGAUCCUAAUGACCCUUCUCGUCAGCCAUCCAAUGUCGUUGCCAUGUCCUCGACACAGCUAUCCACCGCGUCCAUCAUGCAGCCGCAGUAUCGGAACAGACAUCAGACCAUGGUCUUUGGGGGCUUCCAUCUCAAACAGACCUUUGAGCUCGCCUUCUGCGCCGCGGCCAGUUUCGCCCACGCGAGACCUACUUUCAUAAGCGCAGAUCCUUGUAUCUUUCGCAACCCUGUGCCCAUAGGUUCGGUCUUGUACCUCACUGCCACGGUGGCCUACACUGACCCCCCCGUGCUGGAGGAGGAUGGUAGUGGGCCGCAGCAGAGUAACCCGUCGAAACCAAUGACCCGGGUUCAUGUGCGAGUCGAUAGUAAAGUCAGAGAUGUCGAGCACGGGAAUGCCAAGUCGACUGGCCAGUUCAAUUACACCUUUUCAGUGCCCAAAGACAUCAAAGUCAUUCCGCAUUCCUACUCCGAGUACAUGAUGUAUAUCGACGCGAGAAGAAGAGUUAAACUAGGCGAUAUGCAGUCUCGCCAGCUGGAGGAGACCGACUCCUCUGUGCAGGAGCGAAAGCGCCUCACCGAGGAUGGUAAUCUCACCGAAUAA